CGGGGGUUGGUUGCGAGAACAACAGAACUGACAGGAGACUUCAUUCACGUCAAGGGGAAGAUGGAGCAGCACAGAGGCGCCGCGGACUUCAACAUCAUGUUAGCCACCGACUCUUACAAGGUCACACAUUACAAACAGUACCCACCCAACACUAGUAAGGUGUACUCUUACUUUGAAUGCCGUGAGAAGAAGACAGACCCUACCAAGCCCAGAAAAGUCAAAUAUGAUAAAACGGUCUUCUACGGGCUUCAGUACAUUCUACACAAAUACUUAAAAGGACAGGUCGUCACUCCAGAGAAGAUUCAGGAAGCAAAAGAAGUAUACCGGGAACACUUUCAGGAUGAUGUGUUCAAUGAAAAAGGCUGGAACUACAUUCUGCAGAAAUAUAACGGUCACCUGCCUAUCGAGAUCAAGGCUGUGCCGGAGGGAAGUGUUAUCCCACGUGGGAAUGUGCUCUUCACCGUGGAAAGCACAGAUCCGGAAUGCUACUGGCUCACUAACUGGGUAGAGACGAUCUUGGUUCAGAUCUGGUAUCCCAUCACCGUGGCGACAAACUCGCGAGAACAGAAAAAGAUUCUGGCCAAAUAUCUCAUGGAAACGUCAGGAAGCCUGGAGGGAUUGGAAUAUAAACUACAUGACUUUGGCUACCGAGGAGUUUCAUCUCAAGAGACGGCUGGUAUCGGUGCAUCUGCACACUUGGUAAACUUCAAAGGAACAGACACUGUGGCCGGGAUCAGUGUCAUUAAGAAGUACUACGGCACCAAAGACCCAGUUCCUGGUUUCUCUGUACCAGCUGCUGAACACAGCACGAUCACUGCCUGGGGAAAGGACCAUGAGAAAGAUGCUUUCGAGCACAUCAUCAAGCAGUUCCCCUCUGUCCCCGUGUCCAUUGUCAGUGACAGCUACGACAUCUACAAUGCCUGUGAGAAGAUCUGGGGGGAGGACCUCAGGAGUCUGAUCGAGAUGAGGAGCGCAGACGCCCCGCUGGUGGUCCGACCAGAUUCAGGAAACCCUCUAGACACGGUGCUGAAGGUCCUAGAGAUUUUAGGAAAAAAAUUUGUUCCGUUUGAGAACUCCAAAGGCUACAAGGUGCUUCCACCCUACAUCCGAGUCAUUCAGGGCGAUGGUGUGGAUAUCAACACUCUUCAGGAGAUUGUGGAGGGCAUGAAAGAGCACAGAUGGAGCAUUGAGAACAUCGCAUUUGGCUCAGGAGGAGCUUUGCUGCAGAAACUGACCCGAGAUCUGCUCAACUGCUCUUUCAAGUGCAGUUACGUGGUGACCAACGGACUGGGCGUGAACGUCUUCAAAGAUCCAGUCGCAGACCCCAACAAAAGGUCAAAGAAGGGUCGGCUUUCUCUUCACAGGACGCCAAACGGGGACUUUGUUACUCUGGAAGAGGGGAAGGGUGACCUGGAGGAGUAUGGAGAGGAUUUGCUGCAUACUGUGUUCCAGAACGGCAAGAUUGUAAAGACGUACACCUUCGAUGAGGUCAGAGACAAUGCCAAGUUGAAGGAGAGUGAAGUGGAGGAGCUUCUGCUUUGAGCACACCUCCACCUGUCUCCCCAUCAGCCCUCUUUCUCUUCACACCCCACACACACUACAAACCCGGUCUAAACCGCACGCCGCUGAGAGACGUGCGGGUGAGUCACCCCACAUUCAGUGUACAGAGCUGUUCUACGUUUCUCUCUCCAGACUCUGCUACGCUUCAGUGUCUCUUUCUAAUGGCGGAUGAAAGGAAUCAUCAUGCUAUUAAAAUAAUUGAACAGUGUAUUUGACCAAGCGUGCUAUCGAUCACACAUCUUUGCCGGAUUGGAGACGUAUAUGUGUGUAUACCGCGAGAAGAUUUUGCUUUGCUAGUUUGACUGUAGGACUGAAAGGUGAUCGCUUAGUUUUUGUUGAAUGUAAAUGUCGUGCGUUCGGUUUAUCACUUUAUCAAAGGAUUAUUCUAUUCCUGUAUGCAAAGGAGAUGGCUGAUCUAGGGGGACACUUUUCAUUCAUAUUCAUUGGCCUUGUUUUUAUGUUUGUUUUUGGUUACAUCUCACAACAGCAUGUCCAGGUCACUUUUCCACAUUUUGCAUAAAGAAUAAGAAAAGAAGUUCGCUUUUAGGACCAUUCAAAUUUAUAUUUGUAUUAUUUUCAUGACAUUUGAACACAUUCUCACUACCCGUAAUGUGUAAUGUACUGAUGUUUUAUUUUAUAAGUGUGCGUGUGCGUGUGCGUGUGUGUGUGUCUGUGUGUAAAAGUUUUUUUGUUUUUUUUGUAAAUUCCAUUAUUCUUUAUGAAGUUAUUUUAUAUAUACAUAUAUUAUUAUUAUUAUUAUUAUUAUUAUUAUUGUUAUUUUUUUAUUAUUAUUAUUAUUUUAUUUUUUUACAUUUAGCAUAAUUUAAAAGGCGGAUAUGGAAACCAUAAUGUAUAAAUACUCAAAAAUUUAAAUAAUAUGUAAGUACCUUAACAUCACAAUCAUGAAAAUUUGAUUUAUUUUUUUUAUAUUAACUUUUUUCAUUAUCAUAGACAAUUAGAGAAACAGGUGUCACUUUGCAUAAAGUUUUUAAUGGUUCUUUAAAAAGAGUACAUUUUAUUUUAUGCAUAAAAAUUUGCAUUUAUUCCUUUUAUUUUAAGGUGAUAUAUGACCUGGACGAGUUGUUGACCGGUUUCAUGAGUUUCAUUCAGAUAUAUUAGACCCUUCUCUUUUCUUUUUAUUUUAUUUGAAGUUUGCCAACAUGUUAGAUGCUAAUCAUGAUAUACAAUAUAAAGCUGACACAUGUAAGACAAAAACAAAAUGUUUUAAAUAUUCACUACAACUUUUUAUUCAGAAACACUUGACAACGGCAGUUUUAUUCUACAACAGGAAUCAUUUUAGAAGAGCUUGGUUUUACUAUUUUGUAUACUUACGGUUUCAAACACCAGAAUCAUUAUUUUUAUGAAAGACCGUAAUUACCGCCAUAGUUACUGCAGUAAAUAUCCAUAAUCAGAAUAAUGUGGCCAAAUUGCCUCCUCUCUUGUAUAUAUAUAUCGGCUUGUGUGUUUAUUUUAUGAGAGCUGGCUUAUUAUUCGUGCAAACUGAGAUUUGUUCUUAUUUUUGUCUAAUGCCCAUUUUGCACCAACAGAAAAUUCACUGCUAUGUUCUGUAGAUGACUUAAGAAGUUGUUUGAUCAGUCUCUGGCACGUGUUCAUUAUGCAUAUAUAUGUGUGCGUGUGUGUGUGUGAGUGUGUGUGUGAGUGUGUGUGUGUGUGUGUGUGUGUGUAUACAUACCUGUUUGAUUGUACACUUGGUUGAUAAUACUUGCUAAUUAUAAUUUGAUUGAUGUUUUUAUGUAUAUGUUGGGUCUGCCAUUUUCUUUCAACCUUUUCAAAUAUUUUAAAUUGAAAAGAUUUUGAUGGCAUAUUAAAAACAAGAACAAUCCGUCAUAAUUGCUGAAAUGUUUUUUGUUUUUUUUAUUAUUUAUGAUAUAUGAAAUUGAAGCAUCCCCUUUUAUAGCUGCUGUAAGAACAGUUAACUGUUUCUCGGUGCACUAGCCUUCAACCUAGUAAUUAUAUCAUGAGUUUAAAACUGUUAAGGAACAUUAGUGUGAAAGCUUAAAUAAAAAGCAAUAUCAUACUGAUUCAAGUUUGAUUUGUUUUUGUAUUAAAGAGAAGGUUUGGAAAUGCCACACGUGGUUAUUUGACUUA